GUGUGUGUGAUUUUUCUGGCGGCAACAACAGACGAUCGUUCUUUCAGAUGUUUAUUGUUUAGCUAAUAGAGCUCUACUUUCCCCGGAAACUGAAGCUUUUAUGCAAUGAAAUACUUCAAAGGAACUCAACGGAAAGUUAGGAAAAGCACAAGUCCUCUCGCCGCCAGUAGCAGGACACACAGUGUCGCUCGGGAAACCGUAAGCUAUCUCAUCGCUGCUCGCAUGCUAUGGACGUGUCCCAACUACAUUUUUGCCUGAGACUGUUUUUACACGGAGGUAAACCCCAGGAAUUAUUUUUAGGCAGCCUAAACAAAUUUCAUUCCAUAGUGGAAGAGCUACAGUCUCAGAAAAAAAUAGUUGGGACACUUCCCCCACCUAGUGUCCCUCCCUUAGAUGUCACGCAACGUUCUUUGGGAGCGUUGCGUGACAUCCAAAAAACGGCUGGGAGGGAGACUAAAUUCCACCCCACGGUUUUUUUUUUUUAAUUGUGGCCCGUCUCCUGAUCCUCCCGAUGUGGUUUAUCGUAGUUAAUUCACCAAAUCUUGCACACCAACAUUGGGAGGGGGAAAGAAAACAGUGAAGUGUCCCAACAAUUUUGAAGGAGACUAUACAUGUAGCUGGGUUAAAAAAUAAACAACUAUGGUACUUGAUAUAUCAACUGUAUAAAUUGAUAAUUUUCAAUACUACAAUGUAAUUAGUAACACUAUGCGUAACAACAGUAGCAGCAUCUAACUCUGUGAUGGGCUAGACAUUUAAAAAAGCUAUGUAAAUCAUAGUAGAAUAUUGAAAAAAUACCUUCUGAGACUCCAUAUAAGGAAUUUAGCUAUCGUUCCAAUAUGUCUCAAAAACCUCAAGGGAAUUGUACAAGUGGAACCAUAGAAAUGGCCCGUCUUGACCUUUUCAUUGAGUUUCCGCCAUCUUGGAUUCUGUUGUCGAUCUGAAAAGAGUACUUGUUCUUAAUCUUUUUCUUGUAAUUAGGCAUCUUUUUUUUCUAAAAUGGAUAGUACUUCAGUCUGUUAUUUUUACUCUGAGUGAGGUUUUAGUUAUCCACGUGCAUGGGUUAAUUAUCAUCCACAACAAUUACUGCAGAACACCAAAGGCCAAAGCACACAACACAGCUGACAACAGUCAAAAGAAGAAAUUAAUUUUCUACGAGUAGCGGGAAUUCAAGGGACUAAUUAUCACAGACGCAAAAUUGUUUCAAAUGGAUCAAUUUUGUGGUACAGAUUAUUUCUCAAGCCAACUCAAGCUAGCAAGGUCAGACUGAUUUGGAAUACUCAGACAUCUCCAAUGGCUCUUUUCUUGAUCACAGGGGUUCCAAUUUGUGGAGAAAAAUCGUCUGUCGACUGGAAUAGUGGAAAAUGUUCUGCAAUCCUACGAAAAAUGAUUUUGGCUUUACAUGGAAAUAUCUCCAACGAAGUUUUUGGCGGCAGUACAGUGUCGUAACAUUGUUGCUGGAAUUUUCGAAUUACGGGAGCUUCAAUUGACUCAAUAAAGUUUUUAUUUGUGAAUGCUGCAAUUUCUUUUCAUUUGUUUGGUUGACUGUUCAGACUCCGCAACUGCCACUUGGUUUGGCCUGCACACAUGUACUAUUCCCUCACAGAUUUUCUUUUAGUUCAAAGACGGUAAUUCAUUGUCUUGAUUUUUUUCCUUCUUCUUCUCUUAGUUCAAAGAUGGUAAUUUAUUGACAUGAAUUUUUUUCCCCUCUUCUUCUUCUAUAUUUAUGUCCAGGAAAAAAAUCAUUUAGCAUAAAUUCAAAGAACAAAUAAUAUAAAAAUUUCACGGAAUUUGGCAUAACCAGUUGUGUAGUGAAAUGUUGGCUGUUUUGUCAGACUAGUAUGUCAGAAAUUUGACUUCAAAACUUCAUUUUGCCUUUAUUUACCAUACAUUCAUACACAUAGCCUACUACUAUAUAAAUAUUGCAUGGCAGGAGAUCAGGCAAGCUCUGUUGAGCUUUUUAUGCUAAGGAAAGGAAAUGCAUGUGAACCUGGAAUAAAAAUAUUAUGAAUCUCACAGUGAAGUGCUUUAGAAUGGUAUAACAAUUGUUUUAUUUUCACCCAGUUAUACAUGGGAUAAUAGUGUAAUAUACAUUAUGAACAGAUAACUUCAAGGCCUUGUUAGUGUCUGCUUAAAAGAAGUUGCGGCUUAAUACAGAUCUGCUGUUAAAAAAAAAAACAAACAAACAAACAAACAAAAAUGGAAAUUGUUAUGGAUUGUUGCCAUUUCAGGUGUCCACUUAAAAUAGUGUCCCUUUAAUACAGUUUUCAUUGAAAUAAUAAUUUAUUUAUUUAUUUAUUUUUAUCCAGGAAGAUGCAAGUACUAGUGAACAGACUGCUGAAUUGCCAAAGAAAAAUAAAACACCAAAGAAAAGAUCUAGAGAUUCUCAGAAAACAGAGGGUGAUGACAAUGUGACAAGCAGAUCAAGGAAAAGAAAAGCACCUCCUUCUGAAAAUAAAAUUGGUCAUAAAACUAGCAAAAGUGCUGUAAUCGGAAGAAAAAAUAAGUCAAAGAGGAAAGAGUUAGAAACUAAACAAGAUGAAUCUACUUCCUCAAUGGAAACUACUGAUGAACGUAUUAAUCAGCCAUUAGUGGAUCACAGUGAGGACUUAUCAGCCUGUGAAUUAGAUGGGAACGUUAACUUGUCAGACAAUGGAGAUUCCACGUUUCUGCAUGAUGCUGAUGACCAGCAGAGUGAUCGUGAUUUCCUGCAGCAACAGAUCAGGGUAUUGAAGACUCCAUUUGAGUUAGAGGUGGAUUGCACAGCUUUAGCUAAGAUUAGAGGUCAGUAAUCUGUGAAUAAUGAUUGUCUCAGGACUCUAUAAUUAGAUGUUAUCAAAAAUUAUUGACUUAAGGACCUGAAACCUGAAUUGUUAGUACCUCGUAGCUGACAACUGUUUUAUAAUUGUUGAUAAUUCUCUUUUUUUAGCAAAUGAUCCAAAGCAUAUUCCUUUAGAGGUUAUUCAAAGGGCUCUGAAGAAAGGUAAAAAGAUCAAGAAUUUUUUUUGCCAGUUUCCUUUUUUGAUUGCUGAUAAAGGUUUUUAAAACUCCCCUUGAAAAUGUAAUAAUAAUAUUACAUUUCCCUAGGGAGUUAAAUAGAAUUAUAAAAAUUAUUAAUAUAAUUAUAUUGUUAUUAUAUUAUUGUAUUAAUAAUAAAUUAGAGCCUAGAAGGAGACAACAAAUAAUUUAACCUGAAUUUUAUUUUGAGGUACAACAUUAAUGUAUUGUUAGUUUCAAAAUUUAAUGAUGCUACAGUGCACAUCUAUUCAACCAUAAAGAAAUAAAUUUUAUUUCUUUAUGGUUGAUGCAUGUUUUUUUUUUUUUUUUUUUUUUCAGUCAACCAUAAAAAUGAGGAUGAAUUAAUGCGAAGUUUCAACCGAACUGCACAGAGAAAAAUACUUAGUAGGUUACAACAAACAAAGCCUGAACAAACUGAUUCAAAGUCCAACAUGUUAAAUGAGCAGCUACAAGCAAGGUUAUUAUUUUGUCCAUUACAAUAAUGAUGGAAAAAAUGUUACUACUACUACUACUACUACCACUACUACCACUACCACUACCACUGCCACUACCACUAUCACUACCACUACCACUACCACUACCACUACGACUGCCACUACCACCAAUAAUAAUAAUAAUAAUAAUAAUAAAACCUGUAAGUUUGUUUACUGACAAAGCACUUAAGAGUUCCAAGAACUCAUUUAAACGUGUCCUUGUGUUCCAGAAUGAAUCAUAAUUUGAAAGUGUUGCUUUUUGAGGAGAAGGGAAUUUGGACUACACGGGGAAAACCUCUCGGAGCAAGGGAGAGAACCUGCAACAGCAAAUGACAAUUCUGUUUUAGUUGUAUGCUAUUUAAUGCAUGGCAACAUUUACAAAAUUACCUUUUUUUUGUUUUGAGGCAACAUGAGACUUUCGUAUUCAGCAGCACUUAUGAAUGAUGUGUUGUUGUUUAUUUAUUGCAUAUAUUAUGUAAAUAAAUUUUGUUUUGAUCAAUAAAUUCUCAUUUUAAUUUUCUUCUGCCCAGUUUUCAUGAAAUUAAAGGAAGAGUUGCUGACCUGGAAAAGUUGCAUAAUGACGUUAAACAAAAGCACUUUGAACAUAAGGUAUGUCUUUGGUAUACUGUUUUUAUUAACUUUUACAAUUUUUAAAAGAAAAUGGAAUUACUUGUGUGUAAAUCUAAGGUACUGUGUUAAAAACAGGUGACAAAUGUGUAACUCGUUAUGCAACACAGCAGCAAAAUGAGUUAAAUAAUGAUGUUGUGCUUUGUACUUCCCAGGGUUUAUUCUAGAGCGUGGCCUUCUGGGAUUUCCGCAAUUUAGAAAAAAAUGCCACAUAAAAUUUACGUGCCACAUCAAAUGGGGAGCAAAAAAAAUACACCCAAGGAUAAAUACUAUUUUUUUUUCUUAAUAAAGUAUUCAAAAACAUCUUUAAACUAUUAACUUUGAAGCAAAGAAGCUUUUUCAUUUACGUUAAAACAUCAGAUUCAUUUUAACUUCAUGUUCAGUACUUGCAAGUCUGUAAAUGAUUUAUUUCAAUCAACGUUCAUUUUCUCAUGAAACAGUGUGUACCAAUAAGUUCAAAUACCUUUUGGGGGACCCCCUUUCUUGGACUUCCUUUCUUGAAAAAGGGCACCCUAAAAUUACAGAAGGGGGUCCAUUCGACCCUCAUUGGCUAAGUUCUAGAAUAAACCCUGACUACCCACAUGUGAAUCAGUACAUUUUGCACUUUUUACCAGCCCGAGGCAAACUUGUUAUGCAAUAGGUGACAUAACUCCCCAUCUCUCUUCUGCAGAGGACUCUUUGUGUCAUAGGGAGGCUGGGGAGAAAGAAAAAGAAAGCGCGCGGGGCACAAUGGGAAGGGGAAAGACAGAAGAGAGGCCUCUGCCAUAAUGACCAUUGCAGGGUUGCGUAUGGAACUGGAGGGAGUUUCAAAUUUAAACUAAUUGGUAAACUGACACCACCAUAUAAAAGGUCAUGUUGAGAUUGGUUAUUUGACCAAGUUUGGUGCUCUAAGUUUGAACAGGGAUCAAGUUGUGAUUCUUGAAACGUGGUUAAAGAUCCAUACAAACGUCUGUGAUUUUGUGACAGCAUCCCCCAAAACCAUAUAAACUCUUAAUUUUUUUCAUGACUUCUGUGAUAUUUCUGAAAAUGGACAAACAUAGUGAUUUUCGAAUUAGUUCCUUCUGAGUAGUAGAUGCAUGACCAAUUUUACAGUUUAACAGAAAAACUGAAUAUAUUAUUUUGAAAGAGUUUAUUUGGUUUUGGGGGACGUUGUCACAAAAUUACAGACGUUUGUUUUGAUCUUUAACCAUGUUUCAAGAGUCAUAACUUGAUCCCUGUUCAACUUUAGAGCAUCAAACUGGGUCAAAUAACCAACCUCAACAUGACCUUUUAUAGUGUGGUGUCAGUUUAUAUCGAUUUGUUGAAAUUUGAAACUUGCUCCAGUGCUCUACGCAACUCCGAAAUGGCCAAUAGAACGUGCGGUUCUCUGGCGGGAUUGCCGUUCUCAGUGUGGUUUUGGCUCACAACUAUUUGAAUGAUUCUGAAAGCUGUUGUGGAGAUAAUGGUAUAAAAGGGUGGUAUACGCAAUAGGCCAUUUCCGAGUUCCCCCGACCUCUGUAUCAAAACAAGGUUAAGUGCUCAACCUUUGAUAUGGAAAUGAUUUUUCAUUCUCAUGCAAGUAAAACUCAUUUUCACACGAAAGGUUGUGCACUUGGCCUCAUUUUGAAAGUGAGGGUUUUUGGAACUCGGAAGUGCCCCUAUUUGACGAAGUCUCGAUCCUGCUUUACGGAUUUUGUACAAUUCGUGUUUUUGGAGCGAUUGUCCAUCAUCUUUGAUAAUCAUGUCCAGUGUUAUCAUCUGUGGUUCUCCUCCACAUAAAGGUCGAAAACUAAAGUGAGGUUCAGUGGUGGAUCCAGGGGAGGGCCCCUCCCCCACCCCCUCCCCCGCCUGACUUUUGGACCAAACUGAGGCCCGACGGCCCGAAAAAAUUUUGGGGGGAGACUACACCGCGGCGUCUCGCCUUUCUCGCGUGGGAUGAUUUUCACGCGCGCUCGCGUUUCGCUCGCUCUAGUAUCCCUGAGGAAAAAUGGGGACUACUCAUAGUCUGACCAAAUAGCGGCGAUACCGCUGUCUAUAGCUUUUUCUUUUGAUCUUCAGUACUACAGUGUAAUUCUCUCCACGCAUUUCCUUGAAGAAAUGGUCGACAGAAUUUGCUUAAAGAUUAAAGUAUUUUUCCUUAGGUGAUCAUUUCAUUAAUUCUUAUAACCUUUUGUCUUGACAUUGUAAGGAGAAAAUAUAUCUUUGUCAGUUACUCUCAGGGCUCAAAAGGUUAAUGCGCUUAGCCACCUUAAGUAAGUUUGAAUUGUGGUUUGUUCAGAAUGUAGGUAUCUUGGUGUCACAACUGGAAGCAGCCAAUGAAGAAUUUAACAGCAAAAAGUUAAUUGAGGAAAUCAAAAGGACAAAUACAGUUAAUAAGGGUUCGUGUAAAAACGCUUGUUAUCCAUUAGCUUCUGAGCAAGCUCUCUAUUUUGAGUGGUGAACGAAGCUAGCCGCGCGAGAACACGGGAGCGAGAGUCUCGCGUCUUCUCUCUCGUGUGGCGAUCGCGCGUGACUUCUCACGAUAUCCCUCAAAUGUAGAGCUUGCUCGAAGGCUAAUUUUCUAUUAGAUACCUUCUGACUACUUAACCCUUUCGCCUCUGGGAAUUUCGCCGAAAAACGCGUUUUGAAGCUAACCGAGCCGUUUUUGGUCACUCUCUGGCUAUAAAGAUCGAGAUCUAGUUUUUUCGCGGCAUUCGGAUUCAGAUGCAAAAUAUUAGCAUGCGCCUCCCCACCAGUCUUCUUUCGCUUUUCUUGCUGGGAAUUUUCGGGUCAGCGUUACAAUUUUUUUUUUUUGCCUGUUUCCCCGACCUCCUUGAGUGAAUCGCUCUCAUUCUGGUAUGAUCACCCUGCAUAGAUUAGUUGUCAAAGUUGUUCUUGACCGUUAAAACUAAUGACGUCACAAGCGGCAGAAGGGACUUGGAUCCCCACCGGCGGUUACGGGCAAUUUAAGGACGAAGGGGUUAGCUAAGUAAUAACAAUCUUAAAUGAGGUAUUCCACUUUUUCAGUAUGUUAUAUUUUCCUCACAUGUGGGGAAGACUGGGGGAGCAUUUAAAAAUGGGAAUGGGAAUUCACCACUCUAGAGAAAAAGCAGUUAUUUUGAGCUAGUCGUGAGUUAAAGCAAAGGCGACGGCGGCAGCAACGAGAACGAAGGUUUAGUUAACACGUUUUAUCACGCGUUUUUGCACAUUUCUUGGCCGACGUCGAACGACCACGCCCUAGUAAUUUUACGUUUUGUGGAGGACGUGAACACGGGACAAAUCUCUUCUUCUUCUUCUUUUCUUUCUCUCUUUCUUUCUUUCUUUCUUUCUUUCUUUCUUUUUUUUAAGUUAGAAUUUAACUCUAGAAAAAUUCACCAGUAUUUGACAAUUUGAAAGACAUGGAAUAAGACCAGUGAAGUUUGAAACAGCGUAAAUUCAUUUUCUAAGAGACGUUUCGCCACCGUUAUCGUCGUCGUUGCUUGGUUCCCUCACGCGAUUUAAAAUUCGCUGAUCGAUUUAGGUUUCUGGGAAACUUCCCACCUACCCCUCCCCUAAGUCAACAUUAACACUUACUUCUCACUUAGGGCAAAAUGUUGGGCUAGGGGAGGGGUAGGUGGGCAGUUUCCCAGAAACCUAAAUGUACUACGGUUCACUUAUGUAUUUUUUAAAUUUAUGUUUUAUUUAUUUAUUCAUUGUCAAUUUAUUAUUUUUUCUACAGUAGUCAACGCUGGAUUAAGUCUCAGUAAUGCUCCAGUAACACAUCAGCAAUUGGUGGAGAUACUUUUUAAAGAUUAAAGACAGAUAAGUUGUUGAGUGCAGUGACUGGCACUUCCAAUGUCUGUUACAUGAAGUUACUUUCGUAUAUCGAUUGGGCUUGAAGAGAAAGCAAAGAGUAUUAUUGUAUAUUUUUGCAUAAGGCCUAUACAAUCUGCUGGUGUGUAUAGCUAAAGAAAGGACUUUUUUUUAGCUUCAGACUUAAAAAUUACUAAACUGUACAGUUUCAAUGCUAGUAUUGUCAUUCAGAAGGUAAAGGGCUACAGUUUGAUCUUAAAAAUAAACUCCACUAGUCGCUCUGACUCGUAAAUCAACUGGUUUAACCCUUUCACUGCCAGAGUAUUUGAUGGAGUUUUGUAAGGUGACUCUAACUUUUGAGUCUAUGGACGAAAUCCUAUGAUGUGACCAUUCAAAUGAAAGCUCUCUGCCUGUACUU